AUGGUUUCAUUAUUCUUUCAAUCUCGCUAUCAUAAAGACCUUUCAAAUGAUACAAUUAAAUCAAUCAAGAAAAUCAUUACAAGAUACAUUGGAAAGGCAAUUGAAUGCAUUGUCACCAAACAAUGUGAAUAUGCAAUCAAUUGGCCGACAUCACAACAACCAAAUACUGGUAAAUAUAUAUUUACAUGUGCAUCAACAAGAGAUAUUCAACCAAUCUUUUCUUUUACUAAUCAAUUAUUUCGUCAUUUAGGUUUUAAUAAAGAUUCAACAAAUAAAUUUAAGAAUAAUAUUUUGGAAUCAACCAAUGUAAUCAACUUACAAUCUGACAAUGUAUUGUUUAUUCAUUCGGAUAUAUGUAGUAAUGGAGAUGAUGAUAUAUUACAAGAGGUUUAUUCUGAAGCUGGUAAUGCAGACUUUUCAAAUAUUCAUUGGCAAACUAUGAUGUUGAAUCAUAUAGUAAACAAUUGGUAUCAAAUACAAAGACAAGCUUUACCAUUUAUUUGA